AUGGCAUUCUUCUACAAGACAGCCCUCCUGUUCGGCCUGACUGUAGCCAUAGUGAGCGCGCAAGACGGAGACUUUGGUGGCGGUGAUUUCGGUGGCGGCGGCGGCGGUGGAGAUUUCGGAGGCGGUGGCUUUGGCGGUGGAGACUUCGGUGGAGGAGGAGGAGGUGACUUCGGCGGAGGAUUCGGUGGAGGAGACUUCGGUGGCGGUGGAGGAGGAGGAGAUUUCGGUGGUAGCUUCGACGGUUCCGCUCCAGAGCCUGUGACUGUUCAAGCGCCACGAAGCAAGCGAUCGGUACCAGUCGAUACAGCUAGUGCGGAAACUACGGCGCACCACCGCGUGAGGAGGGGAGGGCACGGCUACGUGGGGCCAGUGUACACAUUCGUGAAGACGGAUCACGAUGGCAACUUCAAAUGGGGUGCCCGUCAUCUUGUAGGCAAAGCGUACGGUGGAGGCCAUCAUGGCGGAGGACACGAAGGUGGAUACUUCUAA